AUGCACAAUUUUACUUCGGUGUCCACAUUUCUGCUCCUGGAAAUUUCAGAGGCCAGAGAACUGCAGAUCUUGCACCUCUUUGUCUUUCUAGCAACAUAUUUGACAACAGUAUCAGGGAAUCUUCUCAUCAGCAUUGUAAUAGCCCUUGAUCACCACCUACACACUCCCAUGUACUUCUUCCUAAUUAACUUGGCUGUGAUGGAUCUUGGCUCAGUUUCUGUCAUUGUACCCAAAUCUCUGGCUAAUUCCCUCAUGAACAACUGGCACAUUUCUUAUUCUGGAUGUACAGCUCAAGUUUUCUUUUUUGUUUUCUUUGUAGAAUCUAAUUUCUUCCUGCUCACAGUCAUGGCAUACGAUCGAUACGUUGCCAUUUGCAAUCCAUUACAAUAUGAGGUGGUGAUGAAUAGGGGAACGUGCACUCAGAUGCUUGCUACUGUGUGGUUUCUUGGUAUUUUCAGUGCAAUGUUACAUACGGGUGGCACAUUUUCAACCCCUUUCUGUUCAAAUGCUGUCAAUCAGUUCUUCUGUGAAAUCCCAAAGCUACUUAAACUCACCUGCUCUGAUCUAACCGAAUUGGGUGUUAUUGUGUUAAAUGUUAUCACUGGGUUAAGCUGCUUUGUUUUCAUUGUUAUAACUUAUGUGUACAUCUUCACUGAAGUACUGAGAAUCCCUUCUGUGCAGGGGAGACAAAAGGCCUUCUCUACUUGUCUCCCGCACCUUAUUGUCUUCUCCACAUUUGUAUUUACUGUAUGCUUUGCAUACCUCAGACCCUCCUCCAAUACCCCACCACAUCUGGAUUUGACAUUUACAGUCUUGUACUCCAUGGUUCCACCUGUGUUGAAUCCUAUUGUGUAUAGUAUGAGGAACAAGGAUAUGAAGGUUGCCCUGUCAAAGCUGUUCGGUUCUUGGUUUUCCCCCAGGAAUGCAUUUGCAAUUUUUCUUCUUUAA